AUGGCGGGCACGAGCACGGGCGGCCUCAUCGUCACAAUGUUGGCAACGCCAGGCGAUCAUGGACGGCCAAAGUACAGCCCUAAGGAGAUCCAGGAUUUCUACAUUAAAAACGGGCCUAGUAUCUUCCCGCCAAAAAAUUACUUUCUAAGGAAAAUGGGCUUGGCCGGCGAAAUUAUACACGCCUUGAAGGGGCCCAGGUAUGACGGCGUGUUCCUGCACCAAAAGAUCGAGGAAUUCACGGAGAAGCACACCCUCGCCAACACCCUCAGCUGGCUCGUGGUGCCUACGUUCGACGUCUACAGGCUGGCACCUGUCAUCUUCUCCUCCUUCGAGGAUCACUUGACGGACCCGCAGAAAAGGAAGAAAGAGACCAAACCGCUCUUGUCUGACGUCUGCAUCGGCACCUCGGCCGCGCCGACCUACUUCCCCACGCACUACUUCGACAACGACCGUCCCAGUGGGAUACGUCGGUCGAACUUCCACCUCGCCGAUGGCGCCGUGGCCGCCAACAACCCCACCAUGGCUGCCAUAAUGAGGGUCACCAGGGAGGUGCUACUCCGGAAUCCGCACUUCCACCACUCCGAUGUGAAUUACAACAACUUCCUCGUCAUCUCCAUCGGAACCGGGUCAUCUGUCAAGGAAAAGGGGGCGUACACCGCCGCGGACUGUGCCAAGUGGGGCGCUUUUGAUUGGCUCUUCAACCUGAGCAACAAACACAGUCCACUCAUCGACAUGUACUCCCACGCCAGCUCCGAGUCGGUGGACUUGCAGGUCCGCAUGCUCUUGAACCAUAACCAAGCCGCUAAGUACCUCCGCAUCCAGGCUCAGUGUUUGUUAUUCAAGGAGCCCGACAUGUUGCCAAUGGACAAUGCGACUACGGAGAACACUGAUAGCCUGGUGGACAUCGCUCAGAAGCUGCUGGAGAGCAACUCGGGUAAGGUGGACUUGUACCUUGGGACUUACCAGACAAGCAAGAACGGCCCCACAAAUGAUGAAGAACUUGACCGCUUCGCCAAGCUUCUCGUCGCCGAGCGCUACCUACGCCUUGCAAAACAAAAAGAAGAAGAACAAGAAGAAAAGAGGGCAACUUCUGAAGCAGCACCACCAGCACCAACAACGUCUGUGUCUCCGGAUGGAUUCAAAGAGACCUCCAUAGGUUUACCGGUCGGUGACACACAGGAAGGCACGUGA